AAGUUGCGUUUUCACGGAAGAGAAUAGCUCGUGAAAAUGGCUACACACAGUCAACUGUCAUCUCGCUUCAGCUUCCCUCACCGAGGCGUUUGCAAAAUCGUCCUCAUCUUGUGCUUGCUGUAUUUUUCCUCCGUGCUCUCAGAUAUAACAGACGGCAACGCUGAGCACUUAAAGCGGGAGCAUUCACUCAUAAAGCCCUAUCAGGGUGUUGGAACAAGUGCUUCGAGUCAAUGGGAUUUUAUGGGGAGUACUUUGGUUACAAGCCAGUAUGUACGCCUGACACCUGACGAACGUAGCAGACACGGCUCCAUCUGGAACACAGUGCCAUGUUACUUGAAAGACUGGGAGAUGCAUGUGCAGUUUAAAGUUCAUGGGUCCGGGAAGAAGAAUCUGCAUGGGGAUGGCAUUGCAAUUUGGUACACUAAAGACCGAUUACAUCCUGGACCAGUCUUUGGAAACCAGGACCAUUUUGUAGGCCUGGCUGUUUUUGUGGAUACUUUCCGCAAUGACCUCCACGGCAUGGAUCGCUCCUUUCCCUACAUUUCUGCAAUGGUGAGUAACGGCUCACUGUCAUACGAUCAUGGAAAUGACGGCCGCACUACAGAACUGGGGGGCUGCUCGGCUGAAAUCAGAAACAAAGACCACGACACACAUCUUGCUAUUCGGUACUCCAAAGGCAGACUUACAAUUAUGGUUGAUGUCGAUGACAAGAAUGAGUGGAAAGAGUGUGUUGAUAUUGGGGGCGUCCGCCUCCCUACCGGUUACUAUUUUGGCGCAUCUGCGGCAACGGGUGAUCUUUCAGACAACCAUGAUAUCAUCUCUAUGAAAAUGUAUCAGCUGAUGGUAGAACACACUCCUGAGGAGGACAGCCAAGACUGGACUAAGAUUGAGCCCAGUGUCAGUCUGCUAAAGUCUCCUAAAGACAACAUUGAUGAUCCAACUGGUAAUUUUCGGAGUACACCUCUUACCGGAUGGAAGGUCUUCCUGCUUCUCCUGUGCGCUCUCCUCGGGAUUGUAGUUUGCGGUGUUGUAGGAGCGGUGGUCUUUCAGAAACAACAAGAGCGGAACAGGAGGUUUUACUAGACAUCAGUCUAAAAGGGACAAUUUCUAUGAACUCAAAGGAAUGUGGCUGGAUGGAAAAGGUUAAUGUGAAUCAUUUCUUUAGCAGUUGGAUAAUGUUGAAAUAUUGAGGAGAACAAAUAAAUAAAAGAAGGGGGUGAUGGGUAGCAGCAGUGGAUUUGGUUCAUACAAUGUACACCAGAUCACGGAUUUUAAAAAAAUAAAGUUAAAAACCAACAAUUCGGUGGGGAAGCCAUGUGAUGUUACUAAUUUUAAUUUUUUUUCUUAAUCAACAUUUCCUACUCUGAAUUGUUUACUAGUUUGAGCUGUUUUAAAUGUGUGAAUCAUGUACAAGAUUGUAGUGCUUUUAGAUUUCAGUCACAUAAAUUGUGGCCAGAAUGCUUGUAGUUACAGUUACGGUGUGUUUUCAUCGAUUGAUUACCGUUUGGGUUUUGAAGGGGAUUGUGGAAGACUUUAAGGGUUGAGUAGGGUUUGGUGUUCUCCCAUUGGGUUUAGAUUUAGGAAAAUUAUGGGGUAAAUUCUGACUAAAAGCUACAGCCUAUGUCCAAAAACAUAACAUCCCCAAAAAAAAAGGUUCUUGUUUAUUUUUACUCCAUUUUGUUACUGCUGUUUGGGGAAAGUAUAUGAAAUGGGGGGGAAAAAAGUUGACAGCAAGUUAAGCUGAUUUCUGUCCAGUUUACAAACCUGUGUCAGGUUUUUUUUCUUCAACUGCAACAGUGUUUUCUGUUUCCUGGCAAAUGCUACAUAUGUUUAUCGCAAAAUUUGCAAAAGUAUUAUUGGCUGCAUAAAUCUAUGACUCGCAUUUGCUUUUAAUUAAAAAAGGCUUAUUUGAAAGCAUGCUUCAGGACACAGCUCUGUUUGACGGUGAAAAAACAAAGAGGCUUGAUUGUCAACUUAAAAUCAUUUAAACCUGUAUCAUGAGAAUCUUGGGAAUGUUACACAGUACAUGUUGCAGAUUUGUUCAAAUGCACUGACAAGGCCUUUUAGCUGUUCUGUCCAGUUUCUGUAAAAUGAAAAAGGCAAGAAUUGUACAAGAACUGGAUGGUAAAUAAAGAAGUUCUUCCA